AUGGGGUCGGACGUCAGCGUGGCCGGGGGUGUGUCACCUACGGCUAAUUCGGACCCUCGCCCCGUCCCCUCCCCUCCGCCGGCUGCGACCCGGCGGCGUCCUGGUCGACGACCUCGUGGCCUCGUAGGUGGUUGCCCGUGGCCUCCUCCGCUUCUUCGAGGAGCUCGGCAAGCGCAGCGCCUGCGAGCAGAUACGUAUGUCACAGACAAAUUUGGGGGGAAGGUCAAGAAGGAGAGACUUCGACCACUUGACAUGAGUGGUGUGAAGUUUCAUAAAAGGAUCAUCUAUUGCAUCAAGAGAAGAUGCCAUCUUGGCUCCAGAAUCAACAAACUACGCAGCAACAAUCCGGGCUCGUAUCAGCAGAAGGAUAGUAUAUGAGUCUGAUUGCGGCUCAUCCAACGUUGAGUGCCGGGAACAAAGCAACACGUCAAGUGAUGAAGUAGCGUGGAUUUUCUAACAGUCCUCUCUCUUAGUUAUUUCAAAGCAGCAUGUCAAGUGAUGAAGUAGCGAGGAUUUUCUAACAGGCCUCUCUCUUUGUUAUUUCAAAGCAGCAUGUCAAGUGAUGAAGUAGCAAGGAUUUUCUAACAGUCCUCUCUUUUGUUUAUUUCUCCCUCUUAUCAGUCUUUUCUGGUCCCGAGUUUAAUCAUUUCCAUUCCCUCGGUUUCAGUUUUAUUCCCCAGUUUCUUCUUAGUUAUUCAGUGUCCCUCAGUUAAAAUCUGUUGAGGUUAUUUAUUCAGUUUUCCUUAGUUUUUCAGUUUUAUCAGAUCUUUUUUAGUUUCCCAGUGUUAUUCCUCAUUUUUGGGCAUCCAUUGAUAGGUGGUACUAUCUAAAGAAACAAUGUGGGACUAUUUAAUAUAAAAUAUUGAUGCCGAGUUGGUUA